AUGACACUUGCCGUUAGCUCUGCCUCUCGCUUUUCUACACUUUUUAUUUUCCAAAUUAAAAAAAAAAAAGAAGUGACGAAGAAGAAGAAGGAGCUCGCUUUAUCCUUGGCUUCAGCCAUAGCCAUUACUGCGACUCUCAACUCAGUACGCACCAAGCAGAGUGGGGUGGGGAGUUUUGGGAUGCAGAUAGGAAUUGUUAAGGGCUGGAGAGGAGCUGCAAUGGCGGCUACAAGGGGAAAGGAGCAUCUGGGUUCUACUUCAUUUUCCUCCAUAAUUCCUUUCUCAUUAUUCACCAUUACUAAAAGGAAAGGAAUUGAACUGAGAAAAUCCCAGAAAGCAAACACUUUGUGGGUUUCAAAUGCAAAGAAAGCCAACUUGUCUGCCUCAAAAAGGGAAAGAAUCAGUGUUCCCAUUUACUCUGAUAGUAAUGGAAGGAAGGCAUAUCAUAUUAGUGAAUUUCUAAACCACCCUUCUGGGAUUGAAGCAAUGUUGAAUACAAAUGCCUUGCAAAGUUUUCAGCACCUUGAUAACAACACAUACAGGUGCGCACUCCCGAAAAUUCAACUUCUGAACUUUGAAGCUGCCCCAGUGUUGGAUUUGCGAGUGACUCCAACCGAUGAAGAUUGUACAGUUGAGUUGCUUUGUUGCAAGUUUGAAGGUUCAGAUCUUGUAGAGAGGCAAAACAGCCAUUUUUCAGCAAUUAUGACAAAUCACAUGACGUGGGAUGAUAAUGAUUCUGAAUCAUUUUUGGAGGUUGAUGUAAAACUGAAUCUUUCUCUCGAGAUCUAUACGCAACCAUUUACUCUGCUGCCGGUAUCAACAGUCGAGAUUCCAGGAAAUUUAGUGAUGCAAGCUCUGGUGGAUAGCCUUGUACCUUUGCUCCUGCAGCAGCUAUUGCAAGAUUAUGGCAAAUGGGUUAAUCUUCAACUUGAAAAUCCUCUGCAACUCCCUUAAAUCUUUCUUCUGCCAAUCGUCUGGCAAUACAAACACCGAAAUCUAAUGCCUCUCUAUUGAAAAUUCCCGAAGUGAACGAGGACGAGAUGUCAACAGAGGAGAUCAAGAAUAACAGGCAAUCAAGAUAUGAGAGAAGUCGUCUUUUGCAAACGUGUAUGGUUUUAGGAAAUUGAGAAUGUGCUAAGGUUAGAGAAGGUACUUGAGGAAAUGGUGAUUUGGUCAUGGUCUACCUUGAGACUAAUUUCUUUAAGAAGGGAAAGAUUAAUCCUGCUCA